AUGGCGCGCCAUGAAGCUGGCACCCGUGACCACAUGAUCCUGUUUGCGAGCCUCACACAACUCAAGUACACUGAGGACAUCAAUGCCGAGACCCUCUUCACUACACUCGACGAUCAGAUCAACUUGAUCGAAACGGCAACUCUUCCUGCGAACGCUGACGCUCUCACGGCUGGCGGGGGUCACGUGAAGACUUUUGAGCUCUUUCGUACUUUCGUGAUUUCUAACGCCUUUGCCGCCAACAAAAACUUGUGGGACGCUGUUUGUCAGCUCCAAUUCAAGGCGUAUGAGGAUGGUUCUGAAUGCAUGCCUAUCGCCAUCAAGACUACUAUCCGCCACACCUGA